GGGGGGCGGCGGGCCCCGAGCGCAGAGCGGCGGCGGCGGGGCGCCCUCGGAGCCCGCUCCGCCGGGCCAUGGCGAGCGGCGGCGCCGCGCCCGGGGGCUCGGGCUCGGGCUCGGGCUCGGGCUCGGGCUCGGGCACGGCGCUGCCCACCCGCUUCCACGAGACCGAGAAGCUGCUGGCGACGACCGAGUGCCGGGAGGAGAAGGGCCUCCGCUGCUCCAAAUCCUUCACGGCCGCCUUGCCCGGCGAGGCGGAGCGCAACGGGCACGGGCUCGCCUACAAGUCGGUGUCGGUCGGGCACCUGGAGGCGGCCCCGCUCUCGCCGUCCCGGCUCAGCCUGGGCAGAGCCUCCUCCACGGCCACCAGCACGGCGGCACCGGAGCAGGGCCGCCCGCGGGACUACCUGGUGCUCGCCAUCUUCUCCUGCUUCUGCCCCGUCUGGCCCAUCAACGUCGUGGCUCUCGUCUUCUCCAUCAUGUCGAGGAACAGCGGGCAGCAAGGGGACAUGGACGGAGCCCGGCGACUCGGACGCAUGGCCAGGCUGCUGAGCAUCGUCUCCAUUAUCCUGGGGACCAUCAUCAUCGUGCUCUACAUUUCACUCAGCGUCAGAGUUUCCUAGAAGACGUUUUAGCAUGCAAAUACCUCGAAGAGGAGGAAGACAACUUUCCUUUUGGGGUUUUUACUUUCAGCCUUGCAACAAAAAAUUGUCACAGUGUACGUGGGCAGCCCUGGACAGCCUGCUCUGGAGCGCCGUCCGAAGGAACAUGUGCUUCUACUUCACCGCCUCUUGGAAAUGAGUUUGUACAAGUGAUGGGAUAAGUAAAAACAUCGCAAGAAGGAAUGGGAAAGGAUAUCAGAUGCCGAGCGGAGAGGAGAAGGGGGAAAUCCACUACCUCAUUCCCCUCCAGCAAAACUCACGGAGCGGGGAGACAACUAAAGUACAAGAGGAGGAGAGAGUUUCAAGAACGAAACAUAUUUUAAAAGAAAAAUCUAAGGCGAGAACAGGACGUUUUGAGGAAUCUUCCUGAGAAUUUUGGCACAAGUCCACUGAAUUUUUGGGGGGUUGUUGGUUUUUAAAUCAUCAAGUUCUCUGUCUCUACGAAAAAAAAAAAAAAAACAAACACCAAAAAACCAGAGCUCAAACUGCCGUCAGGAGCUGAGAGCUGUUCCAUGGAGGAGGAGGGAGAGCAGAGCUGCAGCAGGACCACAGCUCUGCUCCAAACGGAAUGCAGCCACGAAAGGUGGAGGAUGUGGUGGGUGCUUUUGUAUUUUUGAUGAAAAAAAAAAAAAAAAAAAAAGAGACAAUGACCAUUUGCAUGCCUUUGGGAAUGUUCUCCAUGUCUGUUCCUACAAGCUCUUUCACCACUUCGGGCAGAUCUCAGAGCUGGCAGGGCAGGACGUUACUGCAUGAGAGCGCCAGGCUCCUCCUCACCCCGAUCCCACGGUGGGGUUUUUAAUGGAAGGAAAAAAAAAUCAUGCUUUCUCUGUGAACCCACACAGUUCUCUCUCUGUGCCCCCAAAGUGAGGUUAAUCCUCAGGGAGCUGAGAAAAGAGCUGUACCAAAGCACAGAGAGCCUGUUCUACCUACUUAGGCAUUUAUGUCAUGUCAUGUCCAACACACCAAAGCCUCAGCAUAAUCCAGCCCCCGCCACUGUCAGUGCUCAUCUCCCCGACCCUUUUGGGCUUCAGGUUAGGGCCCUCCAGGAGAUUUUCAGAGGCGCGGAGGAGUUUAAGAUCCCCGCUCCUGUCCCUGCACCCCUCACAUGCCCUUCUCCCUCUCUGAAAAUCUCCAGCAUCCCCGGAGCUGGCUGGGGUCAGUUCCACAAGUAGUAUUAUUUUUUAAUGUUUUAUAUUUAACAUAACAAGAAAAUAGACUUGGCUCCUCCUGAUCUGCCUAUAGGUGCCCCGCCACGUCUUCCACAACACGCGGCUCCUCAUCCGUGUCCCGUGGGAUCUGAUCUUGCCAGGCUCCCUCGAGCCUCCAUCCAGCCCCGUCCCCUCCCCUGCCCUUGCCGCAGGUUGUUACUGGGGUUGGUCCUCUCUCUGGCCACCCAGACUAUGCAAAGUUUCAUCGCCUGUUAUUUUACUCAGGCUUUGUAGAUGGCUUCUGGCCAUAUCCAUUGGCUCUGUAUUAGCUGAGCCUCUCUUUUAUCAAAACUUUGCGGUCACAAGUACACGGCCAAGAGCUGCACUCCCCGGCCCUUCUGCUGUCUCCAGCUGACAGCCUGGGACCCAGAAAUAUGGACUGCCCUGAGAAAUGAGGUGCUUCAAGGCACUUCUGCUCCCUCCCAUCAGUCUCCUGAAAAAAAAAACCCAACGCUUAGACCAAAUUUAAUGCUUCUGAGGGCUUGUCUACAUGGAGAAUCUGCCGCACGACACCCAGCAUGGCAAACGCUUGGCGCUAACUUCUUCUCUGGAACACGCGAGUGGGCGCGUGUGCGCGCGGGGUUAGCACAGGGCAGCGGUCCACGGUAAAGCCACGCUGUAGUUACUCAUGGGCAAAGCCGUGGGAAUUGCCGUAAAAAUUCUUGUCACCUGUUUCCUUUUGCCAGGCAUUGUUUGAAUCCAAGGGGGGAAGAAAGCCAAAUGCCCUAGACACACCGUUAAUGUUUUUCUCUACAUUAAAACGAUUCCAGGGACUCACAGCAAUAGCGCAUCACUGCAGCACUUUCUGGGGCUCCAUUGCCACCCACCCUUUUGCCAGCGCUUUAUUACAAACUAUUGGCUUUUAAAAUGGACCAAAUUUGCAACCUUCCUUUUGCAAUUCAUUAUUUUUUUGGUGAGGUUCAGCAAACAGGGGCCACUGAGCGCGGCCAGGGCGCCCCUUGGCACCAGAGCUCUUCCUCCCGAGCUCAUCAGAAACCCUCCCUUGGGGAUUCCAGCUCUCAUCUUACGGUCAAUGCCAUCCCAUCAAAUCCCCCAAACGUUUUCUCCUUUAUCACUUGAACCCAAAACCUGCUUGCUGGGAACCGCGCGUUAUUUUUUUGGAGAGACGGAAGGGCCGUGCUGCCCCUCCGUGCAUCCUCUGCCCUCUGCUCUUUGAGCUGCUGAAAUUCGGCUUAUGGAAAGAGCCGAGCAAGCUCCUCCUUGGGCAGGAAGAGCCGGCAUUCAGGGAACACUGCUGCGAUGACUUAUAGUACUUGAGAGCGCCAAGUGUUUAUUAAGAAAGAAUUUAAAUGCUCUUUUAUCAUUAUAUAAAGCCUUUCAUCUAAAGUGCUUUACCACAUUUAAAGGAUUAAACCUUGCCACCCCCCACGAGGCGGGUUAGCGUUACGCUGCUCUAAUCGCACGGAUGGCAAAGUUGCUCAGAGGCACCGUCCUGCUCCAAAAAGAAACCUGUUUUUCUUUCUCCUCCUUAAUAGAGCUGUGUACGAAUACAGAAUUCCCUUGAAUCUGGUUUUUCCAAAGGGAUCUUGGCAAACACACACUAACAAAUGGACCGGGGUACCUGCAGUCGUAGGAACGAGGGGGCUUUGCGAGGCAGCUGCAGUGGUCCUUGCCAGGAGAAGUCCCAGGCUGGUGAAGCACAGAGCAGUAGAGAUACCAGAAUUCAUCUGAAUGCAGGAGAAGGCAGAAGCUUUCCCAAAAAACCCCCACGGUGAUGAUUUACUGCACGCAUCCAAACGUGGUUUGUGCCUCCUGCCUUAGCCUGUAUCACCAGGCUGCUGAGGCAAUUGCUUCUCCUCUCACUAUUAAGUAUAAUAAAAAAGAAAAACCAAGUCACUUCAAUUCCUUUCAUCUUUAAUCUUUUUUCUGAUUAGAUACAAUUGCACUCUUGAAUACAGCUUUUUGGUUCUUAUCCUGCACUUAAAUCCAGGGGAAAGCCUCUAGUUACUCCUGACAAAAUAUUUUCUCUGUUUGUAACCUGGCUCUCCCGUGCUAAACAGGCUCCCCAGGGUAAAAGUCUCUUCCCCCUGCUCCCCCCAGAACUUCCCCGUACAUUUUGCAGCCUGCUAUUUUGCAGAGGUUUUGCCACUAGAUCCUCGCUCGCCGCAUCACGCACAGCGUUACCCCAGCUCAGCUGCCUGAUCGGCCCUUUUGGGUGCGUUAGCAGGCGUUGCUGAGCCCCCAGCCCUUGACGUACACCUCACCUGUGGCUGCAUUCGGAGGGGCUAAAGCACGGCAGAACCUCCUGAGGCUGCCAGCAAGCGAGGGUCCUCCUUUGGUCUCCCUCUGGGGUACAACAGCUUCCCUCAUGAUUUUUCACCGACGCCCUGACCACCUAAGCACAAGCAUCUUCUUUUCCACAACCAGGCACAACCCCUCCUCUCCAUAACUUUGUUUUUAGCACACAGGAGGGCGAUCGCAAAAACUAUGUCAUGAAAAGACUUUCCCUCUCCAUCCCCACCAACAAGCCCCUAUUACUUAUAUCACAGCUCUUUGCCACCUGCUGCAGCCUCCCCUAAGCACGUCAGAUUCGAGUUUUCUAUGUGUUCACAACUAUAACAGUCACGAAAUCCUCAGGGUCUGGCCAACUUCUACCCCCUGGUGAAGGAGAGGCGAGAGAUGCAUGCGAUGCAGUGGCAAUCCAGCCUUACCUGACAGCGAAGUUGAGCUGGUAGGAGGAUAGCUUGCUGAAGAGAUGGAGAAGGUGGGAAACAUCUCUAAAUGUAAGUUGAAGUAGGAGUUACGAUCGACAAGUGUGAGGUCCUGGUGGGAUAUAAAUACAUGGGUUGCACUGCUCGGGAAGAGUCUAUGAGCAGUGUGUGGCUGAUGGCACCUCUCUGGCAUUGGUGGCCCCGGGCUCUUCUCGCCAGGGUUUGGGGGACAGUCGGGCUCUGAGGGGCGGCACAGAAGGGCCCUUGCUGGGUACAGCAAUGCUAGGUUGAAGGCUCAAGCCGAACGAGUGAUUUGCUGCUGCCGAGCAGAGGGGCUAGCUUGGUUUCGUACCACCUCCUCGCAGGAUGCGAUGCCCGACGGUCAGAAAAGGCCCAGCACGAGUCAGCUGGUCCAGCAGCACACUGGCUGGUACCCGCCCGGGUGCCUGCAGAGGAGACCAGCGGGAUUUGAGCUCAAAAGGAGGAAAGAAAGAGACAAAAGAGUCGAUUUCAAAGUUUGCUGUGUUGAUGAGGAGUUUGCUUUUCCCGGCCUGUGUUUCUCUCCGUCCCCGUUUACCCCUCCCUCCCCACCUCUGCGAGUUUAACGUGCUCUCCCCUCAGCACUUCUACCCCCAGAGCAACGCACGCGUCUCGCAGGCUCUCCCCUCCCACCCCCUGCCUUUCCAUCCAUCCCGCACAGGUCUUGCUGGCAAUGAGAUGCCAUCGCCGGCCUUCGCCGAAAGGGGUUACCGAGGGGCAGGGAACCUGCUUCGCUAAGGCUCUGGCCCAGGCUGGCUGCGGACUCCAGCACGUACCGCUGCAGCGGUUACCCUUCCAAAGACAGACUUCUCCAUGUAGACAAGGGGAGCAGAUUCUGCCUUUCAGAUAAUAUUAAAGCUCCGUUCCCAUUCGGUCUGAGCCCAGGAAGAGGCUGCAGAAACGCACCCACUGGGCUGGUCCCAUGACUUUAUGUCUUUAUUCCUGAUAACCCCCAACCCUGCCCUGUCACUUUGUUACUUAUCACAGAACCACAGCCAGGGCUCACAGCUGAAAUAAUGUCAGAUUUAAGGUCGAUUUUCUUUCAGCAUACAUCCUAUAAUUAAUUUUGGCAGACCAUUAGGUUUGGACUGAAGGCUCCCAUGCUUGGGCACAAGCCAAGGGUGGUGGUGGGGAAAGCAGCCUUUUCAAAGCGGGAAUAUUUGUAAAGUAUUUGCUGACACCGGUAGGUAGCAAAAUUCAAACCUAUAAAUACCCAUCCAGGAUAGGAAACAUGAGAAAGGGAACGUGGGCAGGAUUCGCCAAGGCAACCCUGGUACCAGCUCAGAGCAGGUGCCCUGGUUAGAAGGUGCCCAGGAGACGAUCGUCCGCGUGGAAGCGCAGGGUCUAUCGCCCCCCGCUGCCGUCACCACUGACCAUGCCCCGGCUCCUCCUGUUUUGAAGCCCAACUGGAAGAGCCGUGCUCCACGCACAGCACCAACACACCAGGAACUGCAGCUGGGCGCUUCUCUUUGCUGAUAAAUGUUUCUUUUUCUGCAGGAUGAUAUGGUAUAUCUUAUAUACUUUCUUUGUAUUUCUUGGCAUGAGAAAAAAUUAAAAUGUAACAUGCAUGGUCAAA